UUGAGGGACCAAAUAUAAAAUUAAAACAUAGGUUACAAUCUCUGCUGACUCCCAUCUCUCUCACUCCCAUCAACCUCGGAGCUGCUGAAAUCGCUUCCCCUGACUCCGACGAAGCCGUUCCAAACAACCGCAGCGAAACGAAGAAGAAGGGAGGUUUUCAAUUGGCACAGUUAGCUGAGACUGCUGGAUUGUUAAGGUGAACGGCUUCAAAAUAAUCCUUGCUCCGCUCCGCCUCUGCAACUACCUACUAUGUUUCGCGUAGCGGCAAAGUUGUCAGCAAGGGCUUCCACUGCUUCUGCUGCCCUCAGGCCUUCUCCUCUUGCUGCUUCAUUCUUCAGGUCAUUCAACAAUGGCUUGGAGUUGGACAAAGACAUGGCAGUCCCUGAUGCUGUUCGUAUGAUCAACUACGCAAUGGAAAAAGCUAGGACUGACAAAUCAGUUGGAUCGUACGGUCUAGGUAUGCUGGUGUUGAAGCAUUGCGUUACAACUGAGUUAACCGAGGGCAAGGACCCACAACAUGAGAAUUCCAAAGGAAUUGCUUUGCUUGCUUGGUCCACUUUGUUGUCUGAAAGAGGAGAGUACGGUGAUGCAAUUGAGAAGCUGCAGAGUGUUCAAGAAUUGACCAAUUCUUUCUUGGGUGUUAGAGUUGCUGCCUUUGAAGCCCAGGCUGGACUUCAUCUCGAGUUGGGGCAGGAUGAUAUGGCAUCAGUAGUGGGGGAUAAGUGCGUGGAGCUCAUGGAAAAACAGAAAACGGAAGAUUCUGAGGCUCUAAAUGUUCGUGCUAAAGCACUAAAAGGGCUGAUUGAACUUGCCAAGGGAAAUAUUGAGUCAGCGGAAGCUUUCUUUGACAAAUCUCUGCGCAGCAAGCUAUGUGACGGUUCUGCUGCUCUAUCAUAUGGGGAAUUCCUUCAAACAAAGCAGGACUAUUCAAUGGCUACAGAGGUUUACCGGAAUGUCAUAGAAAGAGCAACUGAAAUAAAAAAUAGUGGCAAUCCAUACUUAGGAGCUGGUAACAUGAACUUGGAGGGUUUAAUGAUGGGGGCCAUGUGUGCUUUAGGACAGCUCGAGUCACAUUUGGGUAACUUUGGUGAUGCAGAACAGCAUUUGACAAAGGCUUUAAAUCAGGCAGAGGAAACCUAUGGUGAUCGUCAUCCCAAGGUGGGUGUUGUCUUAACAAGUAUAGCUCUUAUGUAUAGGCGUAAAGCAAUGCAGGAGCGUUCAAGUUCAAUUUUGGUGCAAGAGGGUCUCUACAGAAAAGUGACAGAUCUUUUGAAGGUUCCAGCAGUUGAAACUGAAACUGAAGGUGUUGCAUCAUCAGUAGAUAGAAGUGAUAUAGCAGCUCUUGCAAGAGGUGCAUAUGCUGAAAUACUUUCCAUCCAAGAAAAUAGAAAGGAUGAAGGAGAAAAGUUGAAGAACUUGGCUGAGGCUAUAUGGAGAAACCGUAGGAUGUCUCUGGAUGAAGCUCUAGGAGAUACAGAAUCAAAUAAAGUUUCGGUUAUUGAUGCUCGUAUUAGUAGGCUCCUGUAAAUUGUCCCCCCUUUUCUUCCGCUCUUGCUGCUGUAUGGUCAGGCUGGACUAUGGCACUUGAUAAGAAAUGGACUAAUUUUGUAUAAAAUUGGGCCUUGUUUAGGUGGACGGCUUUGUUAAGUGCUUAUGCAAUAAGCACUUAUCGUAUAAGAGCUUAUGUCAUAAUGUUUCUUCUAGUUAAAUUGUCAAGCCGGUACGUAUAGGAUGUUGUGCAUACAACAUUUCUGAGGUACACAAUAACACUUUAGGCGGCAUCUUGAUCUUUCAAGUUCAAUUUUGUUUAUACUA